CUUCACAGCUGUGCUGUGGCCCCGCCUCGCUCUACCACACGGCUGCAUAGUUUGGGGAGGCCGCAGAGCCCGGCGGGGGCUGAGAGCGAGUCUCUGAGCUCCGGGAGUGUGAGAGUCUGAGGGUUUCAGUGAGCGGGAGAAGACUGAACUCAUGGCGAAGGUGAACGGCGGGGCGUCCGGCUGUAGAGCCAUCGUUAUAGCGGGGCAGCUUUUAUCCAGGCCCACCCCGCUCGCUCAGCGGCACCACGGCGGCCAGCAGAGACUCGCCAAACUGCAGCGGCGGAUGAUGUCGGGCAGUAAGACCCCGGCGUGGACCCCGCAGGAGGCGCCCGGCAACUCCGUAUCUCCCACCGACCGGAGCGCGUGGUCUAACCGGACUCUGAUCUACCGGGACGUUAAAGCGUUCCUGAACGAGGUCGGCGGAGACCCGCGGGAGGCUCGCUACUGGCUGACGCAAUUCCAGCGAGCGAACCGGUCCCAGGCGCCCGCCUUCGCCGUGCUGGAGGUUGACCCGUCAGUGUUCAAGAGUCGUGAGAUGGUGCAGAGCCUGGCCUUUGGCCUCUCCUUCCUGCAGCGUAUGGAUAUGAAGUCAGUGGUGGUGAUGGGUCUUCCUCCUGAGCUGCUGGAGAAGGACAGUGGAGCAGAUGGGCCUAUUUCCUCUGACUGCAGGACUCUGCUGGUGAAGUAUUGCCAAGUUCUCGCUGAGGCCCUUCAGCACAACUCAGCCAGCGUCAUGCCUUUCUUCAGCGCUGAGGCACUGCUGCAGCUUCAGGAGCCGCAACACGGGGGCAGCAGCAGUCCGUCUGUGGUGGUGGACACAUCACUGCUGCAGUGGAGUCUAGACCGUGGAACCAUUCCUCUGGUGUGUCCUGUGGGCCGGGAUGCAGCUGGCUGCUCCAUGCUCCUAGACUCGGAUCAGGUCACUGCAGCCAUCUCUCGAGCCCUGCAGCCCCACAAAGUAAUUUUCCUCAACAGCAGGGGCGGCCUCCACAACCAGAACUGCAAGGUGGUGGGGACAGUAUCGCUGCCGGGUGACCUGCCGGCUCUGUCGUCGGCUGCGUGGCUGUGUGUGCGGGAGCGCAGGCGGGUCAGAGCCAUCGCUCAGCUCCUCAACCAGCUCCCGCCUGAGAGCUCUGCUGUAGUUACCUCCGCUAACACACUGCUGACAGAACUCUUCAGCCAUAAGGGUUCUGGCACCCUGUUCAAAAAUGAAGAUCCCAUUCACAAGUACAGAAGCCUGGAGGAGAUCGAUGUGGAUCGUUUGCUGGCGCUGAUCAACAAAUCAUUUGAAAAGAAACUGAAGGAGGAUUACAUCACUUCUCUUAAGGGGAGACUAUAUUCCAUCUAUCUGUCAGAAGGGUAUAGUGCAGCAGCCAUCAUCACCACAGAGCCGGUGAGCAGUGGAACUCUGUAUCUGGAUAAGUUUGUGGUGAGUGGCAGUAAACAGGGCCAGGGCACCAGUCAGAUCCUCUGGGAGUGUAUCCGGCAGGACCUGGGCAAGCUCUUCUGGAGGUCCCGCUCAACCAAUCGCAUUAAUCCAUGGUACUUCAAACACUGUGAUGGGAGCUUCACCAAUGGCAGCUGGAUUGUCUUCUGGUUCGGGCUGUCUGAUAUCCGAGAGUCUUACGAGCUUGUGGAAUACGCCAAACACAUGCCAGACUCCUUCUGCCCGAACCCAGAGACCGAGGCAUCCCCUCAGGAGCCCCCUCCAGGUUCCUGAAGCCCCCGUUUCAAACGGCACACUUUACAAUUAAGUAUUAAAGAUGCACGUGUGCCAUCCACUCCAGUGUGUGCUGUUAUUUUAAAGCUUAAAGUUUUUUAUGAGAAUGUUCAACUUAAACUGUUUCAGUAAAGCUGUCAGUUCUCAUUAUAUUUUUGACAUAAAAAUAAGCAGUUUUGGACAAUGAAAUGUCAGUAUUGCAAAUAUAUAUUAUUUUCUAUUGUUUUUUUAAUUAAAAAUGUAUGUUUAAAAUAUAAUUUACACAAAUUGACUUUCUGGUGGUCAGAAAUCUUAAAAUGUAGCACUCAUUUAGUAUCAACUUUUGUUCAAUACAGUAACUUUGGUCCAGAGCCUCAGCUGCAGUCUAGGUAGGACUGUCUCUCCUAUUAAGAUUUUUUAUUAGUACCUUGUGCAUCACACUAAUGGAUCACUCUGACGUGGCUGCAUGGUGGCAUUAUCAGAAAGAUCCUGACUCUUGCAUUGAGUCACAAAACCAGUGUGCAUUUUAUUUAUUUAUUUAUUUAUUUUUCUAUUUUUCACAGAAAUAAAUUAUACUUUUUUUUUGUUUUUUAGAGUGCCAGGAAGGAUACAUCAGGUUCCUUCACUUUGAAUAGCCUACUUUGACAGAGGGCGUUUUCACACUUGUCCACACCCAGAAACGAUUCUGGGUUCAUUUUUUGGAGGAGCUCAUUUAUAGCUAGUUUUAUUUAUUUAUAUAUAUAUAUAUAUAUAUAUAUAUAUAUAUAUAUAUAUAUAUAUAUAUAUACUUCACUUUUCUGCAUAUAGUUUUACAAAGUGGUUUUUGGAGCCAUUUGGCCAUUUGUGAUAAAAGGUAGCAGCACAUUACAAAAGCAAAACAAUCACACAAGCUCACCUGCAGACCUAGUAGCAGAUAGCUUUCUUUGUACCACACCUGGUGAAAUCCACAACUGAGUUCGCUUAAAGCGAACCCCAGAUCAUCUCAAAUUUCAGACUAGAAAGCAGUAUUCACACAUGAACAACUGUACCGAACCUGCUGAGAAAGCACACCCGGUUCCAGAGAAAAGGGCAAGUAACACUCAUAGUGGCUUCAAAAUUCAGCCAAUAAAAAACCCAGCUGUUCAGUCAUUGGUUGGUUCCUAGUUUUCUUACAUAUGGUCAAAACAAGCAAGCUAAAUUAGUUUGUUUUACUAUAUGCACAUUCAUAAUUUACUUACUCCAGCAUUACAUCAGAGUUUGUCAGUAACCUGAUCAAGUAACCUGAUCAGUAAUUGGAUUUUUGCUUUGCAACCAGCCCAUAAUCUUGACUUAACAUCAUGUAAAACCCUACCGUCAUGCAGUAACAUCUUGCAAUAUGAACAUAUGUCAGCUAGAAGAUUAGAUAAAAAAAGAACAUUAUUUAAUUUCUUCAAUUCAAGCCUCACUGCACAUAUGUUGGCGAACUCUUGUGGGUGCUGUGUUAAACGCUGCUCAAUUAGCCUACGUUCACAUUACAAGCCACAUUACCUAAAUCCGAUUUUUUGCUCAGAUAAGAUUUGGCUAUCUUGACGGUUCACAUUCACAAAUAUAAGUGACCUGUAUCUGUGUGUAAUGUGAACAGAUUUGUUCCUGUGCACAUUGAUUCGUGUAUUAACAUCACCUGAAUGAAUUCUGAUUUGACCGUUCACAUUGAUGUUGCAUGGCCAUAGAACAGAUACGUAUCCGAUUUAGGACCACGUAUAAAGUGAUUUAAAAAAAAAAGAACGUUCACACAGCCAUGAAAAAAUCUGAUCUGAGCCACAUUGAGCAAAAAAUUGGGUUACUGGGAUUUGGGUCACUUCAGCCUGGUAAUGUGAACGUAGCCUUAUUUCCUACAGUACUCUGCAAGACUUUACAUGGGCUGAUAAAUAUGAUAACUGCUCUUUUAAACUUUAGAUUUAUUUACAUUAUAGAUCUUACUGCUGUUGCUGUUUACAUAACAAGAGCAAUCAGAUAACUAAUGAAAUCUCACUCACAGAUGCUCAAGGCAGUUAGCAUUUCUAGUACUUGUUUACAUGUCUCAUUGCAUUCAUGACUGCAUCACUGGUAAUGAUUACAGUCAUUUUAGCUCUUCUUCCCUGAACUUUGUCUCCAUAUCCAAGAGGAACACAACACUGAUAACCCUGCAUUCCAGGAUCAUAAUUGUAGGGUCUAUGUGUGACUGAUUCAGACAUUAUGCUGAUGGUGAUUGAGCAUUGGGACACACUGACUGACCAGUUUAGCCAGUUCAGUUCUCAGGCUAGAUCUCAGUUUGGAACAGCAGGUAAAAUGCUGAAAUCUGGUUCCAUUAAUUUUCACUGUAAAGAAUAAGAGUUGAGGUUUUUUUUUACAAUACACCAUUUCACAUCAAACCACUGUGAAUGUCUUUUACAUAUGUGUUUACAUGUCAUUAAGGUUGAAAAACCAACAAAUUAUAAUUUUAAUGUGAAAGAAGGACUACAGUUUUAAGAUAAAAAAGUGUUUUAUGAAACGGUUUUAUGGUGCUUUAAAACAGUCACUGACCUUAAAAGCUAAUCAUACCUCAGUUCUUCAAUUAAUGAUUAAUUGUACUUGAUCUUUGUACAUCAGAUGUAACGUUAAAGGAUAAACUGACUAUUUAAACCCUG